AUGAUUAGCAAUCAUUUGAGAUUUCAGCAAAAAAAAAUAGCGUAUUUUGGAAAUAAUUCACCGCCAAUCACUUCUCCGACACUACUUCCUCGAUAUCACAUCCACAACACAACUUUCUCGACACAACAACCUCCCCAACAAUCACAUCCUCGACAAUCACCUUCCAAAAACAAUAACUACUUUCCCGAUACAACCACUUCUCUUAUAAUGCUUCUCAGUAACAAUUACUUUAACAAUUACUCUCCCAACAAUCCCUUUUCUAGGACAAUGGCUAUUGAGAAAGUGUUUGCUGGGGAAGUUGUGUCGGGAAAGUUGUUAUCAGGAAAAAAUUUUCAGGGAGUGAUUGCCGUAAUUCAAAACGAUGAAAAUGUGAUACAACGAUCUACUAGCUCAAAUAGUGAAACAACCGAACUCAUAGAACGUCCUGCACUAGACAAAUUUUCAAAAAAGCUUGAAUAUUUAUCGGAGAAUACAACAGUUGAAUUUAUUACAAAUUGUAUUAAUACGAAUCAUCAGAAAAUUGCACAACUAAUACUGAAUACGACCGAAAAUAUAAAAGUAGUGAAACAUCAUGAAGGCAAUAAAAAUGGUAUUGCUACCUAA